UUUGUUGUUUGUAUACCCUGAAGAUGGUCUUUUGACCGAAAGCUUGGUUAUUAAAACCUGCUGGUAAGGAUCUAAGUGUGCAGACGUCUUUAUUUUCAUUGACUACUUUAUUGUCUAGCACCUUAUUGAUCGUGAGUGCGGUGUAACUCUUCUUAUAAUUUUCGCCUUCACCAGCACCCGAGUCCUGGCCUUAAUAUGUCCUCAUUUCAGGAGAUUAAUUCUUUAACUACAAUAGGAGCAGAGACCUUUGCGUACUCCACAUUAGAUGCAGAGAGAAUUUUGUUUCCCACCGCCAGCCCAACAGGCACUCUCUCUCUCUCAGUAGAAGAUAUGAAAAUGAAACUGAUAUACUUUAAGAAGAAGGAGAUUCGGAUGAAACUUCAUGGAAGUACGCUGAGUGAAUACUGGAGAAGCAAACGUAUUCCACAGGGUCUACGUAUCCAAAAAGCACCUACAAUCGGUAAAGAUAAUGAAGAUUUCAAUAAAAAAUGGUGCGAGAUUCUGAAUAAAUGCUCCAUGGAUUUAAUGCUUUUAAUUAUUGAAGAGGUUACUAGACAGAAAGAGGACAUUGAAAAAGACAUUGUAAAACAAGAAACAUUGAUGAAAGAAAAAUUGGAUGUGGAUUUCACUCAUAUCUGUGACUCUAUCAAACACACAUUGAAAGAAUUUGAAGACAAUCUUUUGACCAUUAAACUGAAGAAAUACAGGAGGGACGCCCACGAUUACCAGACGGGCAAGGUGUAUAAAUGGUUGGCUGAAGAAGAGACCCCACGAGAUUCAGCGAGGGGACAUCAUAGACAACAGUUUGGCUUUACAUCGGAUAGUGACUUCCCUAGUGACUCGGAUUCCUCCCGUAGCAUUCAUCGCUCCCAAACACGUCAGUUUUCAAAAAACGAUCCUUGGAGCAAGGGGAGAAAAUCACGGAAAAACAAAAUAGGAAACCAAGGAAGACGAGGAGAGGACAAAAGAAACGGAUCGGAGAUGGGACCAGUGACACGCCAACAGGCCAGAGUCCGGUCGUGAACCUCUCUGACAAGGGAAUUGAACAGAUUAAAUUACCUAGAGGUGGCAACAUUGAUAAAGUGUUAUGUCAAAGGAAAUUGUACUGGAUUCAUACGCUGGACACUUUACAUCCCAAAGGUUUAAAUGUGGAUUUUGAUAUG